CAUGGUGGUGUUGUCAUCACGAGAGCACACCUGCAUCCACCCCAUCGUGAGUGUCUCCAGCAACAAAAAUGAGCAGUGUCAAGAUCUAAACGACCCCCUCCUGGGAGUGUCAUGCAAGUACUAUCAUGGUGUGAGUAAAAUCAAGACAUAUCCAAAUCUGGCUCAGUGUGGAGGGCUACAAGGUGCCUGGGACAUUGAGGACCUAGUACAGGUGGGACACAAGGUCCAGGCAUGUCCAUACUACACUGCCCGAGCUCUCCUGGCAACUGCUGACCUUGUCAUCUACCGGGGUUGA